UGUGUGACAGUGCUACCACCUGUAACGGAAGGAGAACGUUCGUCUUGCUUGGUGGUGUUGGUUGCCUUGCGUCCACCGUCAGCCCAAGCAUGGCGCCGGACCACGGCUCCAAGGUCGACAUCUCCUUCGCCGGCCGCUUCACCGCCAGCGCCAUCGCCGCCUGCUUCGCCGAGAUCACCACGAUCCCCCUCGACACGGCCAAGGUCAGGCUGCAGCUGCAGAAGAAGGCCAUCGCCGGGGAUCUCGCCGCGCCCAAGUACCGCGGCCUGCUCGGCACCGCCACCACCAUCGCCAGGGAGGAAGGCGCCGCCGCGCUCUGGAAGGGCAUCGUACCCGGCCUCCACCGCCAGUGCAUCUACGGAGGCCUCCGCAUUGGCCUCUACGAGCCCGUCAAGGCCUUCUAUGUGGGCGAAAACCAUGUCGGGGAUGUACCUCUGUACAAGAAGAUUGCUGCUGGCUUCACCACUGGUGCCCUUGCAAUCGCCGUGGCCAACCCCACCGACCUUGUCAAGGUCAGGCUGCAGUCCGAGGGGAAGCUCGCACCUGGCGUGCCACGCCGCUAUACUGGGGCAAUGAAUGCUUACUCCACCAUUGUUAGGCAGGAAGGGUUUGCCGCUCUGUGGACUGGCAUCGGUCCCAACGUUGCACGUAACGCCAUCAUAAACGCGGCUGAGUUGGCCAGUUAUGAUCAAGUGAAGCAGUCUAUUCUGAAACUUCCUGGGUUCAAAGAUGAUGUGUUCACUCAUAUCUUGUCUGGUUUGGGCGCUGGAUUCUUUGCUGUUUGUGUUGGUUCUCCAGUCGAUGUGGUUAAGUCAAGAAUGAUGGGUGACUCAGCCUACACCAGUACCAUUGAUUGUUUCGUGAAGACCUUAAAGAACGAUGGACCUCUGGCAUUUUACAAAGGUUUCCUUCCAAACUUUGCUCGACUGGGAUCAUGGAAUGUGAUUAUGUUCUUGACACUGGAGCAGGUCCAAAAGGCCUUCGUGAGGAAGCCUGUCAAUUAAAGAUGACAUGGGAUGAUUUUUGCAGUGGGUGGUAUACAAGAAGAACAAUGACGCGCACAUUUAUUUUUCCUUCAGAAGAAGUUAACCCUUGAGAAUCGGGGAACAAUGGAGAAAUUUGACACCUCAACUUAUGAGAUGCUGUAAUAAAUUUUGGUGGGUCUUGACAGGACCCUGAACUAAUUCUGAGGUAGCGAGGAGAUCUCAAUGUGGUGUUAAUUCCGUGUUGCUUGGAGGAACAUUGGCUAUACGGUAGAUCUUGUUUGUGAUGAUGAGCCAGGAAGGCGCAGUACAUUUGCUUGAUCUUUUAAUCGUCGAUGAUGCCCUCUGUUGUCUUCA